UCCAAAAUACAGCUUUUGUUUUCCACUUUGAUAGGGUAUCAGUGGAAUCCCUUUUCCUUUUGCGAGACUGAUUUGGCAUGUUAUUAGCAAAAGCCAAAUUUAUUUGAUUUAGAAUUUCCUCUCCUGACAAAAGUUUAGGCUUUCCUCUAAGAUCUGACUUUCCAUUGAAUUUCUUGCUUCUCCUCCAUUGAUGAUCUUUGUCUAACCAUCUGCGAUAACCCAUGUAGCAUUCUUUUCUUCCAUAUUUCAAUGUUAGGAAGUCUGUCUCACCAUUACAAACAGGACAGGCUAAUUUACCCUUAGUACUCCACCCACACAGCAUCCCAUAUGCGGGAAAGUCAUCUAUGGUCCAUAAUAAUGCAGCAUGGAGCUUAAAAGUCUGAUUAGAGUAUCCAUCAAAAGCUGUAACCCCAUCUUUCCACAAUUCUUCUAAGUCUUCGAUGAGUGGCUCUAGAAAACAUGAAUUUUAUUACCCGGGGAUUUCUUCCCAGGUAUCAGAAUGCUAAGAAAUAAAAAUGACUCCUUCAUACACAUCCAUGGAGGCAAAUGGUAUGGAGUUAAAACUACAUGCCACAUGCUAUAAUUAGAGCUCAUCCCAAAUGGAUUGAAACCAUCACUGAAAAGAUCAAGUCGGACAUUCCUAGGGUCGGAAGCAAACCAACUAUGAUUUCUGUCAAAGUUUUUCCAUGUUUCUGCAUCAGCUGGAUGCCUAAGAACAUCGUCAUCCAGACGUUUUUCUUUGUGCCACCUCAUAUCUUUGACAGUAUCUUUUGUCAUAAACAACCUUCGUAGUCUAUCUUUUAUAGGAAAGUACCUAACUUUUUUAAUGGCAACCUCCUUCUCUUUGCUGGGUUUAUACCUAGGUUUUUGACACUCUGGACAAUAUUUUUCAUUCUGAAGAGGACCUCGAAAUAAGACACAAUUAUCAGGGCAUUGACUCACUUCUACUGUCACUCCAGAAAUUGGCCAAGUGAAACCACUUCCUAAAGCGUAGUAUAGCGGGUUUGGGUUUAAAUGUCAACCCGGGUCCUAGAUUUGAUGACUACUCAGUGAAUUCUUGUUAUCUAGCAAUGAAACUUUAAUGCAAGUAUAAACUAACAAACUAACAAAGCAAGUAAACGGUUGUAUUCAGGUUAAGAGAGGUCACCCGGAUAUGGUUCCCCCUAGAUUGCAGUUAAGCCGGAAUGUAAUUACCAAGUUCAGUUUCUAUGAUAGUUAUACUGCGGAAGGUUCUUAAACAGCCUGAAGUCUCGACUAAAGGUCUUCAGACCCUCUCAAUCUGAGUCUCUAGCGGGCGACUAACCUCCACCGGAGUAAACAGAUUGAGGCCCUAUGAACAAAACCUCCACUACCGAAGUGAAUUCGGUACAGAAUAGUGAGUUGGCUCCUCGACUAAAGUCACCAACUCCCUACCUUCAAUCAAGGAUGCUCUAUCAACCUAGGCAGAUAUUCUCAUUCUAGGUUAAAGCAGAAACAACAGGAAUUUGAUCAGGAUUCAUGCCAUUCAAACCUCAAUCGAAUAUAAUCAAAUCAUAGAAUCAGUACUUGGGUUCAUACAAUCAAACCUAACAUACAAAUCUAGGGUUCUCCAUACCAAGAUGAAUGGGAGAACUACUCCAUGGAGAAAGAAGCAAAAGCAGAAUCAGAUGCGGAAUUCAUACUAUGAAGGAUGGAUUCCUGCUCCUGGACGUUGAUUGGCACUUCUCCAAGCUCAAGCUGGCCUCCAAUGGUGUUGAAGAUCAAGCUAGGGCACUUGGAGACUCUUGUUCGUCGCUUUCUCUCUCUAGGAAUCGCUCUGUCUCUCUAAAACUCGAAUCCCCUUCUGUUUUGGCUGAAAUCUGCUUAAAAGGGCAUCAGUGGCCAAAGCACGGUCGAGGGCACGGCCGUGCUUUGCCUCAGCCCGCCCGUGUUUUGGCUAGGGUUAAUUACAUGGCCAGCCUGUUGGGAGAAACACGGCCGUGCUUUGGUGGACACGGCAGUGCUUUGUCUCGGCCCUGCCCGUGUAAUCAGCUCAUGUUUGCCAAACUCGAAUUAGCUCUUGGCAGUAAAAGCACGGCCACAGAACACGACCGUGUUCUGUUUUAGGUGUGCCCGUGUUUUGGCUCCAGCUCCACCGAAUGACUUCCGAAUGCCCCGAAACUCGUGCUUAGCCUUUCCUUUGACGCCUGGGACCUGAAAUAUGACAAAAUAGCACAACCCGGCGUAAAAUAGGCCAAAAAUACAUGACUAUGCCCCUCAAACGGAUAAGAACUAGGGGCGCAAAUAUGUGCAAUUACAUCGUUAUCAAAUUCCCCCACACUUAACCGUUUGCUUGUCCCCAAGCAAACCAAGUCAGACACAAGAUAAGCUCAACAACAAGGCAUGUCAUGUCGGCACAAAACACGUGGAUCAUACUGGCUUUCGAUCAGUAAAACAUGGACAACUUGAAUGACAACCUAGACAACCACCACAGAUGACAUUCGAAUGUAGUAAAAUCGAGCAAAGGAAGAGUCUCCCUUCUGUUCACCCACCAACAUAGACUUGACUCAACCACUUGUUCAAAACAGUCACGUCAUGCACAAAGUUCAAGAUAUCAGAAUUAAGACCGAGCAAUCUAGGUCCUCACCGGAUAGAGAAUAAGAGAAAAUGAAUCGCUCACUCUCGACCAGUGGGGUCAGAACAAUAUGAUGCGAAAAAUGCGCAUGCUUAAUCUCUCAUUCCCUAACAUCUCUUCACCAUGAAUGCAGCCUCUAAGUGCUAGAGUUUACAUAUGGGGUGUCAUCACUAACUAAUCCGGAGGUCUUAGACACAGGUUCAGAUGAUUGGCUAGGGUCUUGGACAUGGGGAAAAGGCCUUUUAGGUGGUGGAAGUAUUCAUACAACACAAGGUUCCACAUUUCCAAACCCAACAGACUCACAAUCAAUCAAACCAAUAACUUUCUUUCUACUAUUCUGCAUUACUCAAGUUCAGAGCACAAGAGCGAAGGAGGUUACAUAAAUGCUAGUAUUUCUAAGCCAGACUGCUAAGAAACACUACUACAUGGG